GCGUGUGCGAAUCGAAGGAGCUCCCUCUCUCUCUCUCUCGGUCAUCCCUCAGUUUUCUUGCUCAUCGAGCUUCGGCUCCAAUCUGGCCGAUAACGAAGAAUGGUAAGCUCCCGUUCGACUGGCGUAAGUGUCUCACCCGCUAACAGCGUGGCUACAUCGCGUGUCGUCGUGUCCGACAGUGACGUAGCUCGUGAUGGUGACGCCAUCUUACCGAGCGGCCGCCAAUCAUAUCGCGCGGAGAACGAGGGUGGUCGCGUGAACGGAAGUCCGGCCGGUGUCGAAUGGAGCGAAAGUGGUCCGCCCUCGCUUUCUAUGUCGGUCGAGCUGCAUAAUUUGGUCAAUCCGAACCUCCAAGAUUCUGGACAUUACUCAGCAAGUCCCGAGCACACCGAUGCUGCCGCGUCAUCUUGCAACGUUGGAACUGUCCGAAAUAACGACGAAGAAGAGAGCUACGAAGCAUUCGGUUCGGUCGAAGGCGACGCCGAUGACGGGGUCGAUUCACCGGGAGGUAGCAGUUCUGCACCCUCGCCCACCGGCACCAAUUCACUGAGAAACCCAAGGAGCCCUAAUUCAACUAUAGGAAGGCAUUCUUGGUUAAGAACAUCCCUUAGGCGAACUCCACCCUGUUCCGGAAGGAAGAGACUCAGUUCCAAUGCGUUAGCAAGUCAACUUUACCGAAGCGGCAGUUUUAACAGCUCUGGCAGAGGCUCCAACUGUGAUCCCACGGACGAUAUGUACAGCGAUGUUUCCCUUGAAGAUGAUGUCAUUGAUCUCAAUCACAGAGUUCAAAUGAUUCAGGAACAAAUGCAUGCCUUGGUGGAUACUCAAUCGGUCGGGGAGGAGCGGUACGCUAGGGCGAAACAGGAAAAUGCUACGUUGCAGGCGAGAAUAUUAAUGCUAGAAGAAUCUGCCAAAGACGCUGAAGUUAGAGCUGAGGAAAGGCUUCAGGCAGAGCAACGAAGGCAUAGAGAAUGGGCGAGUCGUUUAGAGCGGGAACGACAGUUACAAUUAGAAAAUUAUGCCAUUAAAUUACAAGCGAUAGAAUUAGAAGGUACUAAUUUAAGGGAUGAAAUAGUAAGGUUACGCGAACAGGUCGACAAAUUAAAGACAGAGAAGGGUAGACUAGAAAAUGAUCUUGAAGAAGCUAGAAGAGAAAUAGACACGGCACGCGAAAGCGAGCGACAGGCGAUAAGUCGAGCUAACGAAGCUCACUAUCAGCUUGAAGCUGCUAGAGAAGAACUUUCGAUGAAAAUCGAGGAUCAACAAAGGAUAGAGGAAUUAAUGCAACAGGUUGCACAACUUCGGGCUCAUAAUAAAAGCCUUGAAGAAGCAAGGGAUGAACUACAAGCUGCAGCGGCUCUGCAGGCAGGCCGUGAACUAUUAAUGUUAAAUCCUUGCAAUAAUGGUACUGAGAAAGGACCUAGUCUUGCUGUAGAAUUAUUAGCUGGCAUGAAUCAAGACCAAAUGGAUGGGCAAAUUCCUGGAGAUAAUGGUGAACCUUGUAGUAUAUCUGAAAUGAGGCAAGCUUUAAAGGAACAACAAGAGGUUAAUACACAAUUAAGGGCGUACAUCGAUGGAAUCUUAUUAAAUAUAGUUGAGAAUUAUCCUCAGUUGUUAGAAGUGAAACAAUCUCACUGAACUAUUUCGUAAAUAGCCAACUAUUGAAUUUAAUAUUAAUCGUUUAAGGCAAUUGUACAUUACACUUCUUUGUCGGAGCUCUUACUUAUAGGGUAAUAUAAGCAGUUUUAUCGUAACUGUAUGCAAAUACUAGGAAAGAAAUUUCCGUCCAUUGCGAACUUAAAAUUUUAGUAAAUUGUUAUGAUCGUUGAAUGAAAAAUUUUCACUGCCAUUGUGAUUACUUUAAUUAUAAAUGUUUAUAUUAAAGGCAGUGAACAGAUUAAAAGAUUACAGUAAGAGAGAGAGAAAGAUAAACACGCAUGAAAUCGAAAUAGAGAACUAUUACAAGUUUUUAUAUUAUCCAAGUUUUGAAACUUGGAGCCUUAUAAUGUUGCCUUUAUAGAAACAGUAUACAACUAUUUUCAAACACUCGUAGACAAUACAUUAUGAUGCAGUGGAUCAUUUAUUACGUAUGAAAUCAUCAAUUUUCUUCUCGUAAGAAUAAAUUAACGAAGAAUAUUUAAAAUUUCACUCAUAGUUAAAAAUUUAUAUUGGCUGAUACUGAAAAUGUAAUGCAACAGUUAUAUUUUAUUACUUCAUAAUUCAUCUAACUUACAACUCCCACAUUGCACUAUUUGAAAAGGAAAAGCUUUUAAUAAUUUAUGUACUCAACAUUUUCGAAUAAAUUAUAACGAUUUUUAA